UAGCAGCAAUCGAGAAAAGCACAGUACUACUGAUCUGAGAAGCUGCUUCUACUGCUACUAGCCAUCUCUGCAAGCUCACCGCCCGGUGAUCCAUCAGCAAGCGAGGAAGCAGAUCGAGGACAUGGUUGCCGCGCCGUCGUCGUCGUCGCCGAGCGAGUUCGGCUCGCUGUUCGCCGCGUUCGACAAGGACGCCGACGGCAGGAUCUCGGCGGCCGAGCUGCGGCUCUGCAUGGGGGCGGCGUUGGGCGAGGACGUGGCGGCCAAGGACGCCGAGGCGCUGGUAGCCUCGGCGGACGCGGACGGCGACGGGCUGCUGGACGGGGACGAGUUCGCGCGCCUGGUGCGCGCGCAGGCGGGGGACGGGGAUGACGAGGAGGAGGAGAGGCGCAGGGGGCUCGAGGCGGCGUUCGGCAUGUACGCGGCGGAGGGCGAGGGGGCGCGGAUGCGCAUCACGCCCGCCAGCCUGAAGCGGAUGCUCGGCAGGCUCGGCGCGCACCGGGAGGUCGACGACUGCCGCGCCAUGAUCCGCAGGUUCGACCUCGACGGCGACGGGGUGCUCAGCUUCGACGAGUUCGAGAUCAUGAUGAGCGCCUGAAUUGAAGAGGGGAUCCCAUGGACGGAUUGCGCUUCCUCUUGCCGGCUAUAUACAGUCUGUAGAUGCUGCUGAUUGGUGUAAUGACGAUGUAGGCUGUUCUUACACAUAGUUCAUUCAUUCAUUCAUUUGUUAGAAGAUAGAACUAGACUAGAUGGUGCCCCGCUUCGCUAGCUGCGGGAGGCCAAAUUGCCAACUCCCUUCUCUUGAAAGCAAUUGUCAUUGUCAACUCCCUUGGGUUCCUCUUUCACCAUAGUUUUUCAAUCAUUGCAAACAAAAAAAGUGACAAAGAUAACUGUAACAAAAUGAGAAAGUACGCAAGCGACCCC